UCUUUCUUUUCUUUUCUUCUUUUUUUUAUUUUUUUUUUUCAACGUUUUUUGUUUUACCUUGUUAAUUUUUCAGUUUACGUUAUUUUAACCAACCUAGUCGUUCCUUUGUAUUGUUAAUUGUUUCCCCGAGUGUAUUACUUUCAUUCUAUUUGAGUUUUAACUUUGAAUCCCAAAUUUCCCCCUUUCAUAAUAGAUUUAUUUCCAUCAUUUGUUUUAAUUCUUUCCUAAAAAAAGUUUUGUUAUAAUAAGUGCAUAAUGUCUGAACAACAACACCCAAUUGAAAAACAAGUUGAGCAACCAGUUGAAUCGGUUGAAGCCCCAGUUGAAGCCCCGGUUGAAACUCCUGCUGAACAAAAUGAACAACAACAUUCCACUGAAAAUGAACAGCCAGUUGACCAAGACCACCCAGAGCCAGAAGUUAAUCCUGCUAGUGCAAUUGAAGGUGGCCGUGAAGUGUCGAACAAAAUCUUAUACGUUGGUGGUUUACAUAAAUCAGUUACCGAAGAUAUUUUAAGAGAUUUAUUUUCAGUUGCUGGUAAUAUUGAAUCAAUUAAGAUUUUAAACGAUAAAAAUAGACCCGGUUUCAAUUACGCUUUUAUCGAGUUUGAAAAUACUCAAUCUGCUGAUAUGGCUUUACAUACUUUAAAUGGUCGUAUCAUUAAUAAUUCUGAAAUUAAAAUUAAUUGGGCUUUCCAAUCUUCUUCAAUAAAUUCUAAUAAUACUAUAGAUGAACCUAUUUUCAAUUUAUUCGUUGGUGACUUGAGUCCUGAAGUUGAUGAUGAGUCUUUGGGUAGAGCUUUUAGUAAAUUUCCAUCUCUUAAACAAGCUCAUGUCAUGUGGGAUAUGCAAACUGCUAGAUCAAGAGGUUACGGUUUUGUUACUUUUACUCAACAAAAUGAUGCAGAAUUAGCUUUACAAACUAUGAAUGGUGAAUGGAUUAAUGGAAGAGCCAUUAGAUGUAAUUGGGCAUCUCAUAAGUCUUCAAACGGUAAUUCAAAUCACUUUAGAAAUAAUCGUCAUAAUCAUCAUCAUCAAAAUAAUAAUUCAAAUCGUCAAUAUAGACAUUUUAAUAAUUUAAACGUUUUACCUCAACAGCAAUUAUCAAAUUCAAACUUGGUUCCAAAUAAUAACUUUGGUUCUCCAAAUCUUCAACAAAAUUUACCAAAUCAAUCAAAUAAUGCGGUUGGUUCAAACGUUCAAGUUCCUCCUCCUUCAAACCCUGCUGCUGCUGCUGCUGCUGCCGUAGCUGCUGCUGCCGCUGCCAAUGGUGGUCAACAGAAUAUCCCAGUCAUGUCUCCUCAAUCUUAUGAUAUCGUUUUAAGACAAACUCCGUCAUGGCAAACUACAGUUUACUUAGGUAAUAUCGCUCACUUCACUCAACAAACUGACUUAAUUCCUUUAUUACAGAAUUUUGGUUUCAUUGUUGACUUCAAAUUCCAUCCAGAAAGAGGUUGUGCUUUUGUAAAAUAUGACUCUCACGAAAGAGCUGCCUUGGCUAUUGUUCAGUUGGCUGGUUUCACCAUAAAUGGUAGACCUUUGAAAUGUGGUUGGGGUAAAGAUAGACCUCCAAUGGGUAAUCAAUAUCAAAACUAUGGUAGAGGUGCUCCUCCUCCAUCUUCCUUAUACGGUCAAGGCAGACCUUAAGUCAUUGACCGUUGUAUUUUCAUGAUGUUAUUGAAACUUAAUGAUUCAUCGUUGUUUUGUUUAGCUUUAUGAUCUUCCGUUCACUACUGUUUUAUCCUAUUCUUUUAUUUUUGUCUUUUUUUUUUUACAAGUUUGUUCUUACUCCUUACAUAAACACAUAAAGAUCUUUCUUCUCUUGUCUUUCUGUUUCUAUCUCUGUUAUUAAACG